UUAAUGUAAUUUAUAUUAUCCAAAAAUAACAUUUUUACUUAAGAUCAAUGCAAAAUAAAUAAUUUUUUUCGACAGGCAGCCCUGCUCUUAAAAAAAAUAAAAAAGAAGAGUGAACUGCGAGCUUGCUUGACUGCGUGUCACGUUUGUACUAAAUCAAAAAAAUGAAAUGCUUUUGGUUUUAUUUCAACAAAUUCUCAAGUGAAUUGUAAUUGUAAAAAAGUGUUAUGAGUGCAUAAAAGGGUAUUAACCAAGCUAGUUUUACGUGAACUAUAUUUGCGCCUAUUUUUAAAAACAAUAUUUUCAUGUACCUGCCUUACAUACCUAUUGUGCGACCGUGAAGGUUGAGAAUGUUACGUCAUUUUGGUUUUAGUGAGUGAUAUGAACUUAUUUAUUUUGAUUUCAUUAGGGGAAGUGUUAUUAACAAGAAAAGCCUCUGAUGUUGUGAUUAGUUCGAGUAAGUGUUAAGUGUUAUGAAUGACUAAAAGCACCGAUAUACCGGCUGCGACAAGAUGCCGCCAUGUUAUUUAGUUUUCCUGUCAACCACUGAUCGCGGUUACCCCUGAUACACUUUGAGUUUUUAUCUCAAAAGAAAACUGUGGAUUUUUUCCUAGUGACUGUAACUGAUUUGACAUAGCCACGGAGCGCUUGAAUCCGGCGCUGACCGGCGCCACUCGCAUCAAUGAAUCAUUUAUGCCAGCGCUGGCCAUUGAAGAUGCAAGAGUUGAAUCCUGUGAACUCCAACUGGGAGACACAUGGAGGGGGAUGCAAAGCAAGAUGAGCGUGACAGCGCCGGUUAAGAAGAUAAGAAAAAAGUCAGACAAUAAACCGCAAUCUCAAAUAAAUAAGUGUAACAACGAAAAGAAAAGACGGGAACUUGAAAACGAAACUAUAAAUCAGCUCGAGGAGCUCCUUGGUACAUGUUUGGCUGAAGUCAAGCAGCCAGAUAAAAACGGCAUCGUCCGCGAGGCCACUCGUCAGAUUCAGGAGGUGUUGAAACGACGGCGCCAGUGCCCUAGCGAAUGCCCACUACGUAUCGCCCAAUGCCUCUCGCCUGUCCAGGCUGGUGAGGUCAGCUCUACGCAGCCCCAGCCUCUGACGGCUGGACUACAUUAUUCAGAGCUUGCGACGCUUAUUGAGGCGCUUAAACAUUACACUGGGAGCCUCGGUUGGGUAUUACUAGAAAUAAAUUCAAAAGGUGAAAUUGAAUGUGUAACCGAAAACAUCAAGGACCUUGUUCUGCAGGAUCGAACGGAGUUAUACAAAAAGUCUAUAUUCUCUCUCUUGCAUGUCAACGAUCAAGCUAAAUUAAAGCCCUUGUUAAGAGACAUACAAACGUUUGCCUGGAGUGCAGGCGAGACUGAUAAGUUUAAAGCUAUUCAAGCUAGAUUGCUUGUCAAGAACUCUAAUGGUACUGACGGAUCUGGGUACGUGGAAGCAGUGAUCCACGCUGCGCCAGUGCGCGGCUCAUCCUCGGAGGAGGCCGGCUCCGUCAUGUGCGUCAUCCGGCGCUGCGAGGACGCGUCGGCCGCACUUCUCCCUGUCGACGGCGGCCCGCCCGCCAUCAGCGCUAAACAAAUUGAUCAUAUCGUCUUUAGAUUAGACUGCAACUAUAUCAUUCUGUCUUGUGAUUUAAGUGGAGUGGAAAAUUAUAUAAACUCUCCUGUAUCUCUCGUGGGUACACGCUAUUUGGAACUAAUUGAAAGUGUUGAUCGUGUUCGUGUGGUUACACAUCUACAGCAAGCCGUGUGUUAUCCCGCACCACCGAGUGUCAGCGGCCCUUUUCGUAUACGUAUCGCGGUCGAUCGGCCGUGGCUUAGGGUCAGCGCUCGAUCGCGACUGUUUCGGGCUAAACCGACUUCGGGCGAGUCUGAUUUCAUAAUGUCGACACACACCGUGCUCGGCGACGAAGAUCUCGACCUUCUCGAAGCUGAUCAGCCCCGUUCUACUAUCGGCGGACCACUUAUGUCUUCUGUCGCCAACGGAGAGUCUUCUAGUUGCGAUAACCGAUAUCGUUCUCCGAUGAGUCCCGGGGAUCAGUUUUCGAUCAACGACUUCGUCGACCUCGACCCGUGGCCGCCGUCGUUUCAACUGACAGAUAUGUCGAGCGAAGAGUCGAAGGACCGCAAAGAAAGCGGCUCGGAGGGUCCACAGACGCCACAAACGCCUCGUGCGCCGGCGACGCCGGGCGAUGGUGGGCCCGCCGCCGCGCCCGCGCCCGCCGCGCACCCGCCGCACGCGCCUCACGCGCCGCACGCGCCGCACGCGCCGCACCCCGCGCACCCCGCGCCCGCAGCCGCCACCGCCGCCACCGCCGCCACCGCCGCCCCGCCGCCCGAGGAACCCAAUCGGUUGCGCUCUCUGCUUAGUAAGAAACCGAUGUCGAGUUGCGCGGACAGCGGGAUGAAUUCCAACAAUCGCAUCUUAAAGGACCUUCUCAAACAGGAGGAUGAAGAGGCAACUGGCAGCGAGACGUCGGCUCCUCAUACCCCACUCACACCGCACACACCUCAUACACCUCACACGCCCGCGGCGGCCAUGUCCCCGCUCCACACUGCACAGACGCAUUCACGGCCGUCGCCGCAUCCUCCACAUCCUCCUCAUCCGCCGCAUCCUCCACAUCCACCCCAUAAUCCACACCCUUCUUCCGCGCAGCACACAUUACAACAGUCACAUAACUCGGAUGUGCUGUUGAGGAUAUUAAAUGAUAAGUCUGACGAGGAUGCCGAAGAAAGAAGAAAUUCCGAAGGACGCAGUACUUCGCAACCGAGUGCAUUGCUCUCUCAAUUAUUGUCAAGCACAAAUGGACCUGGCAAUGGGCGAACUCAAGAAAAUAAUGAUUAUUUAGAGAGAAUUGCUGGGGUCAAACGUAAACUUGAAGAUAAAAAUGCGGCCGGGAAUGUCAAAAGAGCGACGCUUGAAAAUCAACAGGUCACCUCAAGCGCCGUUCCCGUGGCAUCGUCGACACCGUCGUCGACAGCAACCAGUCCGGCGGCGACGAGUAGUGCCGGCAUGAGCCCGCUGUGCCAGAAGAAUCAGAUCCUGGUGUCGCUGCUGGCGCGGCAGCAAACGACACCGACGACACCGCUGCCGCUGCCGAACCCCAAUUUGCGGCCGUACGGCCCGCCCGUGCCGCGGCUGCGAGCGCCGCCACCGCCGCCGCACCCGCACGGCCACCCGCACUCGCACCAGCACCCGCACCCGCACCAGCCGCAGGGCCCGCAGCAGCGGCAUUCGCAUCAUCACUCUACGCUCUCCACCAUACUCACGGGGCCCGCACACAGCCGUGCGAGUAAUGUAAACGGCGGGCCAGGCGUAGUGUCGAGCGCGGGUGUGGGCGGCGUGGGCGGCGUGGGCGGCGUGGGCGGCGUGGCGGAGUCCACAGCGCAGAGCCACCUGCAGAUGGUGCUGCAGGGCUCGCGCGGGCCCUACCCGCCGCCGCCCGCGCCCGCACCUGCCCCUCUGCAUUACGCCAACACGGCGCCGCAUCACAUGUACAACAAUCAGCCACCAAGUGGCAGUUCUCGGGCGCAAAGCGGCGGUGGCGGCGGUGACAGUGAAGUGCCCAGUGAUCAAACUUUAUCGGACCUUUUAGACGAAGUAAUUGACAAUAUGCCAGACUCAGAUCGGCCAGCGCCCGAUGUUAGCGUGCUAAUCGAUCAAGAGAGUAGUCGACAAAUUAGAUCCUAUCAGGGUAUGAAAGAGAAAAAUGCUGUAAUCAAUGCAAUCAGACAAAGUUUGAUGCAGUGUGAAACUGUGACAAAGAGUCCCGUAGCGUCAAGUCCUGGAGCACCCCCGGUGUACGAUGUACAAAGUCCGGGAUCAUGCAACAUGGGCAGUGUGAGCGGCGUGGGUGGUAUGUACCCGACCGCGGAGGUGGCCCGUGGCCGCGCUCUGGUUGAGCAGCAUCGAGCGCGCCUGCUGCAGAUGCAGCGCUCACAACAAAUGCUCGUCUCGCCAGAGGCUGCUGAGCAGCCGCAGCCAGACCUGAGCUCUACCAUUACUGCCCUCGUAUCGGGCACACCACCAAAUGUAGCUCUCACCCGCACGGCGGACUAUCAUCAUUUAUAUCACACAUCCAAUCAAAUGGGUUCAAAUUAUGGUACAAACAAAAUCACAUCAUCGCAACAAAAUCCGAUGCUGAGUCGCCAAUUAAGUGGCCCAGCAGGUGGCGGGUACGCGCACAGCGGGGCGAGCGGCGCGGGCGGCGCGGGCCCGGGCGGCGGCGGCGCGGCGCCGCACUCGGCGGCCGCGCUGCACACGCCGCUCACGCCGCAACCGCAACCGCAGCCCCAGUACCACCGCGCGCCAACCGCGCCGCGACCUCAUCUAGCGUGUGUGGCAGUGGGCGGCUACUACGAAGAGAGCGGGGCGGGUGGCGCGGGCGCGGGCUACUGCGGCGACUACGCGCGCCGCGCGCCCCUGCCGCCGCACGCGCCGCACUCGCACGCCACGCACGCGCCCCACGCGACCCACGCGCCCCAUGCGCACGCGCACCACGAUCCGCCUCUGCCCUGUGCCGGAAACGGGAGCGGUGUCGGCGGCGUGAGCGGCGCGGGUGUCGUGGGCGGUGCGGGCGGUGUGGGGGGUGCGGGGGGCGCGGGCGGCACGUCGGAGUACGUGCGCAACGAGCUGCGGGCCGUCGUGGGCGCGCGCUCCGCCCGGCCCGAGCUGCACCCGCAGAUGCAGCCCUCCGACCUGGAACACCUCAUCAACUACGAUAUGACUAACACCGGUGGCGGCAGUGUGGUGGGGGGCCGAGCGUCCUCGACGUCGGCAAACACGUGGGAGUCGCAACAAAGCACCCCGAGUACUACGGAGGCGGGCUCGGCGGAGGCGGCGUCGGCGGCGGGCGGUGAUGAGGCGCAGCCGGCGGGGGCGGCGGCGGCGGCGGCGGCGGCAGCGGGCGCGGAGGGCGCGGCGGCGGCGGCGGCUAAGGCGUCGCUGCUGCAGAAGCUGCUGUCUCAGUGAUGCAUCUCGCGCAACCCCGCGCCCGCGACCACACACCCGCGCCACGACCCCCGCUGAAGUUUGCAUUUAUGAUUUGUUCCGACGUUGCGGACGGACGAUCUAAGACGUAAUAUUCCAUCGCAACGAAAUUCAUCGUUCCGACUUUAUGGUCUACGUGGUACCUCUGUGGCUGUAAAUCUCACAUCCGUGAGACUAAUAUAGUACACGUAUUUAUAUAACGUCUUGCGACACAGUCUAGUAGUGCUAGUGAUAUUUUCGAGUUGUAAAAAAUUUUGUUACGAUACGUUUCGCCUCGACUUCUCUAAGAAUGUCGAGAUUAAUAAUUAAGUUACUUUAUCUAUGUAUGUACGAUACCUCUAUGUUUUUAGCUAAACGCGAUGCAAACUACAAUGGUAGCUUCCUGUGACGGAAUAAAAAUAAGUGAUCUAUCUACUAUUGCGAUUGAUCGGUACGUUUAGUACACGACACAACAUACAAUAGAAAUAUUUCGCGUGCAAUAUUGUAUAGAAAUAAAACAUAUUUUGGCGUUGUGAACGUUAUUAUGUAUUAUAGUUCGAAGUCAGAUGUUACCUGUUAUGACAAAGUAAUUGUAUUAUAGUAUAUGAGACGUCGAAUGGAAGUUUCUCAUUUGAUAAUAUUAUUUUUACUUGUGUAAAUAAUAUGUUGUUAAAUUAUAGCUGUUGCUUUUAUUGUAAAUAUUUUGUUACAAUAUUUCAUUGUGUUUACAGUACCUAUAAUUUCAUGUAACAUUUAAACCAUUUAUUGAUAUUCAUUAAAUGUAUACAAAAUUCAUAAUUUACAAAAUUAUUCUUAUGAUUUAUGCCCAUCUGCCGCACUUUCUAAUAUUUAUACAUCGUGGUUAGAUGUACAUUAUAAUCACAGAUAUAAAAUCAUAGACACAAAUUUGUAUUAGAAGUGUAUAAAAUAUUAUACAAUUAUAAAAAAAAGUCGUAACUAUUUGAAUAUUGUAGUAUUCAACAAGCCAGUGUCUUCUACAUCACAAUUUCUGAAUACUUAUAUUAAUAAUUCAGUUUUCUAAAUAUUAACAGGUAUAUAUUGUGUACUAGUGAUCUGACCUGGCUUCGCACAAGUAGACAGAAUUUUCAAAAAUCAAUACAUAUAAUAAGAGUCAGCUAAAUCAAUUGAUCGGUUAUUUUAUAGCAAUUUACAUAUGAUUCUUUAGAUUGAUAUAACUUUUUUAUUUAUGAACUAAUGAAAAUGAAACAAAAACUAAAUGUUAAGUAGAGUAAACCACAUUCAAAUUGGUUAAGCUGUUUUUGAGAUUACGUGCACAAACGUACAUACAGACAGACAAAUAGACAUACUGACAAACGGACAAUUUAUAAAUGCUGUACAAUAACCGAUCAGUUGAAUUGGCUGCAACUUUAUGAAGGUAUUAGGUAUGUAAUUAUCAUUUAAGUAUAUAAUACAAUAUAAGACCGGAUUCAUGAAGAGUUCCAAUUGGGAUUAAUAUACGGGAACUACAUAGUUAGAAACGGGCAAGGCCGCGGGAAACGGCUAGUUCAUAAAUAAAAUUCUUCUAUAUAUUAAUGUAAUAACUACCGGUAUAACUUACGUGUAAUUUGGUCGAAAAAGUUCGAUUUGUUUCUGAAUUAUUCGGGUCCUUUAAUCUUGAACAAAUUACAUUAAAAUAUAAUGUAUAUUUUACGAAAUAUUUAUCAAUAAAAUUGUUAUGUUACUGUGCACAGUAUAUAUAAAAAAUUAUGUAUAGUCUUGUUUCAUAUCUGUGUUUAUAAUGUCAGUGUGUUCGAUAGUCAUUUAAAUCCAAAUGUACUUGUGACAUGUUGUUUUAACAUCUGUAUACAUUACCUACGCGACCUUAUACUAGAGUUUAGCAGUAGUUAUCUAUUGCUUUAUAUUACAUACAUGAAAAAUAAGUGCGAUCAAGAUUUAAGUAGGACUUAAUCUUAUUGUCAUUGAUGGUACGACGGAACGCAUAGUAUUAGAGACAUCACAGUGAUGGUUCGUUAGAAAUCGAAUUUAAUGUUAAGAAAUCAAGAAUUUCACCUCGUAACAAUGGGAAAUGUAUUUGCAGUCUAUAAAUUGGUCUCCUAGCCCAAUUAAUAUAUUCUUUAUAUUUUAAAUAUUAUUACAAUGUAAAUCGUAAUAAAAGGAAAUUGUUGACAUGUAGUUAUGAAUGAAUGAAUGGAAUGAAUGAAACGACUAAGAAGAGGAUUUUGAAAUGACAUUAUUGAACUAAAGUCCUUUACUUACAAGAAUAUUGCCGCACUAUUACCUAACAUAAUCGUCACGUUAUGAUUGCAUCCAGGAUUUAGGAAAUUUUGAUACAAGCAGCAUACGUAAUGAUAAAUUUUAGAUAUUUUCAUAGAAAGAGCUAUGCGCUUUUGUCUCCGUGAGGAUUGGUCGCGGUGGUUGUGGGGUGGUGCCACCUUACUGUGCAAAUGUGAAUAUAAACAUCUAUGUUCAAUGUCAUCAUUGGUAAUGUUAAAUUAAAAUAUAAGCACCAAUUAUUAGCAGUGUUUUACUUGCUUCUAUAGACAGUGAUAAUGACAUAUGAGAAUUUUAAAUAUUGCAGUUUAAAUUAUAAUCUAUUUUGGUAUUAUUUUUCCCUGAUAAUCCCAUAAGCAUUUUAUUUACUUGUGAAACACUAUACUAUGAUAGAGUUCGUUCAUUAUUACUGUCUGAGAAAGUAAUAUAUUUCGACGUUUACAACUUAAGAAAUUUAGAAUUGCACAACGUUAUAAUUAAAAUAAUAAUUAUUAUGUGUAAAUUUACCAUAAUGUAACAUACCUAAUUAAUGAUGGCUGUAAGAUCAUUUGAAUGUGGUGUCAUGGUGUAUUUUCCUAAUCGGUCUAAUGCGCGCAAUUUAACCUUUUCAUCAUAUAUUAUACAUAAUUUAAAUAUUAAAUGUAAGAGAUAAUAAUUGUUGUUCCCUAACAUUAUAACUAUGGGGACCACAGCUCGUAUUAUGUCGUCACUCCCUAGAGAAAAUAUGCAGUAACAUGUAGUACACUUGUAAUAAUAAAACGUUUUCUACAUACAAUGUUAACGACACGCUAAUUUGUAUUGUUACAUUAUAGAUUGCGUAGCCCGAGUGUAACCAAACAUUAAAUCCUACGGCAAGUGGCAAUAACUUAAUGCGGACUUCAAGUACUUAAGUAAUUUGAGUGUUGGCUCAUUAGAUCUAUGAAGACUAACGUUUCCCUAUAAUGUUGUUUCACAAUAACAAUAUAUCGAUAGUACACCAAUCGCAAUGAAUAGCGAGUAGAGACCCACAGUAAAGUAAAAUGUGAUUGUUUUUAUUACCUACCUAAUAAUGAACGUACAAAUAAUAUGUGUAGAUUAUCCAUAAAACCAAGUUUAACGAGUAAUCUAUGUAGGACAUAAAAUAUUUUUAUACCAUUAUGAGAUAAUAGAUCAGAACGUUUAGGCUAUUGACCAAUUUAAUUUUCGUGUUAUUAAUUAAAUUGAAAACGCGUUAAUUGCAAUCGAAAAGGUUAUAAUAGUGAGAGGAAGAUUUACAGUGUCCAACCACCGUAGCAAUAUGAAAUCUCAUUCCAUUUACACUAUAUGGUGUGGAUAGGCGCGUCAUAAUGUUGAUAGGUAAAUAUCAAACCAAUAAAGUACAAGUGAUGGCCUUGUUACGUGACAACGUUAAUGAAAAUAGUUGAGAAUUAGUCGAGUCUACCUACAUUUAUAUUUAAAUACAAAGCCUAUUUUAUUGGAAUCUUAAUAUAGCUGCACGAAAUGCCCUCAAUUAGCUUAUUAAACGUUUCGACGUGAGCUGAAUGUACACGAAAGGUUAUAUUUUUUGCAGAUUUACGAUAACGUAUCUAGUUUAUGUAAUCAAAACUAUCUGUAAUGUAUGGGAAUACGUCCAUUUCAUUAAAUACAAUUGGUUUCCGUGAAUUCUAAUGUAAAUAAAUCAAAUUAUAAUGAUGAACGCAUAGGUGCCUGAAAAUAUAGAUAAAACAUAUUUUUUCAAAACCAACAAAAUCGAGAAAUUAUAAUAAAAUAUGAUAUUCAAAUAGAUGUUAGACAUUCAUGAAAAGUCUUUAUUACAUCAUUAGGCUUCAAAAUUUAUUUUCAAUAAAAUCACUGCUGAUCAAAGUUUUUAAGGUAUGUAAUUAGUAUUUUCAUCGUAAGUUGAAAGUAGGAUGUAAUAUAAAGGAAAUUGACAAUAGCUACUAACGCACUUUGCAAUAUUUUCGGUGAUACAAUUUGUAAUAUGUAUGACUUAAAGUAGCAUAUAAAAUGAAAUGCUCACUGAUCAAUAAUUUAAUUUUUUGUAGAGAAUAUGUCACUUGAGUAAUUCCUAAUUAAUUGCUUCAUCUUUUUAGGAGGUAUCUGAUCUUAAAAACGACAAACGAAUUAAAAUUGAACUUGGUGAAUUAUUGUCUUCCAAUAUAGAAAUUCAAGAACAUGUCCUGAAUAAAUAGUAGGCACUGACUAGCCAGUAGUCGGGUAUGUAUAUGCAUCCCUGUGUUUGCAUCAUACAAUUCAGUAGCACACGAGCAAAAUUGAGUCAGUACACAGUUUAAAUCACAAAUAAAAACAACUGAAGAACAUUUAGGCUUGUUUGUCCUCCGAUAUGUACUAUGAAGAUAAGAUUUGCGAGAGUAGUCUUUAAAGAAGUUAGUGUUUUUGGCCAUCAAAAUUAAGUUGUGUAAAAGAAGAAGGAAAUUUUUCAAGUCUAAUAGAAUGAUUGCAGAAAUUCCACAAUGGGACGCGCCAAACUGCUAUGCUCAUGUUAUGUAUGACACGUGUUUUACGUUCAAUAUUUCUCUUGAGUCGUUUAAACAUUUAUUGAUAUUCCUUGCUCACUUAAACUCACGAAAAAUCUCACUCUUAUAUAGCCAGCAUACCAGACUUCCCUUGCACCUUCACAUCAAUUUAUCCUUUUUUGUUUACAUCUAUUCUUCGCUUUCUCUUUGCUUAUUUCGAGGUAUCCUUUUGAUCACUGUCCACUAAAUACGUUAUGCGAGGAAUUUCGAGUACAUUAAUCACUAAUGAGUUGUUUAUUUCUUAAAUGACCUAUCGCCUUCUUUGCACAUGUUUGUUGGACAACCAGCCUAAAAGUUAAAAUCGGAUAAAAGUAUAUCAUCUACUAGUGUGCAAAUAUCUAAAUAAUAUUAGAAGAUAUUCAUCUUGAUGUAACGGAUUGUAAUACCUCAUUGUAAAAAUCUUCUAGUUGAUAAUUAAGUUGUACAAACCGCUACAAGACCACAUGGAAAUGUUGGUAUAUCUUAGUCGUUUUAUUUUAUAAUUACAUACAAUUGAAUAAUUGAUUAACGACUUUACUAUUAAAUUUUAGAUUAAUGGACUAUUCGGAGCUAUUAAUGGUAAUGUCGGCAUAAUAUUUACAGAAUACAUAUAUUACGCCUCGGAAAAAUUGGUCUAUAUUGAAAUGUUAUAUAUAUAAUUGGAAUUCUAUGUAAGAGCAUUAAAGUAACCAUAACUUGUAUAAGGUAAUUAGUCCAUUGUCACCGAGGAGGUUUACAUAAUAAAUUAAAAUAGGGUCCAAGUUUUCCAUCCAAUGAUACAGAAAAAUACAAUUUGGACUUUAAACAAAUGUGAUACGUCGAUAUGUAAUAGAAAUAUUUUUUUACCAUGAUAGUUUGCUCUGUGACAAGGGACUAACAAUUAAUUGGCGUUAUGUACCAAGAAACAUGGAUGUGUACGGGAAUCUUUGUUUCACAGGGAAAAAACAUAAUUAGUUUAGAAUGGACUUUUAUUUGUAUCAACGAUAUGAAAUUUGAGCGCAAUGUAGAUUUCCUUUGCCGUUUUGUAUAGGUUUAUUGAAAAUCCCCAACAUAAGAUUACGUGAUAAAUAUUUAUUAUAGUAAGAUGACAGUCGCUAACACGAUGAGGCAUUUCCCGUACAAUACUGAUUUUAUUUUUUUGUAUAAAGUCGUGUCUCAUGUCUUGGCCUGUCGUCUGCAAACAAGGGUAUUUUUAUAUUAUGUACAUUUCUUAGGUUUACAUUUUUGUUUAUAGAUUUUAAAAGCUAAUUAUGUUUUUCCAAGGCGCUGCACAGUGAUUUUAGGUAUUAGUCACUCGCAGAAAUUAUCUUGAUAUAAACCUGCUUCUUAGUCGUUUUAGAGCAAACAGGUUAAAAAAUAUAUAUAUACCGACUGGACUUAUUUUCAGAUUUUUUUGUGAACGUACACUUAACAGGGCUUAUUUAAUAAAGCUAGUCCUCGCUUUUAAAAUAAAUAUUCUGCGGGUGGUUAUUAAGUCUGUGUUAUUUAGUUUUUCAGAUGUUAGUUAAGGCCUCUUAUGUUGCUGUGCAUUUCUACGCAUUGUAUGUAUGUAUGUUUAUAUAUAAUAUUGUACAUAGCUAAAAUACAUAUAUUUUUACGAGUAGCAUACACAACCAAAGUUGUUAUAAAGUGAUGGUUGAUUUAAUAAUAAAUUUAAAAUAGGUCGUUAUGUUUAUUUUAGAAAAGAUACAAAUUAAACUGUACAGUUGUAUAUGGGUACAUCCAAUAUCAUGUCAAAGCCUUUACACAACCGCCCUGAUAUUAGAAAUCGAAUUUAUUAUUUUGGUAUAAAAGUCGGAUAAAACCAAAAGGAAUAUAAAAUAGUUUAAUUAACAGAAACAAGUAGUAUGUGAGUGUGGCUUAAGCUCCUUUCGUUCCUAGUAGCUUGUUCCGGAUCAUUUACCAUUACUUGGUAUUUGUCAAUUAAUAAUACCGAAACGAUAACUUUCGAAGUAUCUAUUCGAAAUGAGAAUAUUUUUAUUCAUUGAUAAAAUCCAGGUGUUGACUAUCUUACAUUAAGUUGUAUUUUUUUUUGUACAUUUUAGAUUCGAAAAUAUAUUAAUAUCUAAA